AUGGGUUUCAGCCAGGGAGGGGAGCGCCCUUCCUGCAACGCGAGUGUGAAAACUGUCCAAACCGGUGGCUCGACAAUGGCCGACUAUACCGCUGAUGCUGUAGUUGUGGCGGUGCCUUUGGGUGUGCUGCAAGCCAAUGCAGUGACAUUCUCCCCAUCACUUCCUGCCUCGUACACUGCUGCCAUAGCACGGAUGCAAUUUGGUGUUGUGAACAAAGCCGUGGCCGUUUUUGACACUGACUUUUGGUCUGCUGGGUGCAACAACGAACUCAUGCUUGCCAUCAACAAGCAGAAUGCCGGCAUUGACUCUCGGGGAAUGUUCCCGUACUUCAUGAACACUAACCGCAAUUGGAAAGGCACCAAUGCUUUGCAGUUGGGAGGUAUGCCAUUGCUUCUGAACAGAAGACAGAUGCAGAAGUGCAGGCCGAUUUCAUGUCCAGAAUCCGUCAGCAAUUUCCAAGUGCUCCCAACCCGACACGAUUCAUUCGAACAAAGUGGGGCUCGGACCCAUUUGCAAAGGGAAGUUAUACCACUCCGUCUGGCCUCAACGCCGAAAUGA